GGGCGCCACUAGGACCCAGAGGACAGUAACUGCUCGAAUCAAUCAAUACCUGCAGCUGCUGUUGCUCGCUGGUGGCAUCCAGGUUUUGGGCUUGGUUCCAGCAGCUCCCGCGCUCGCCGGGCCGCCAGGGCACCCGCCAGCGUUACAGGGGCAAAAGGGGAGGAAUGUGAUGACAACCAAUCAGGGUGGCCCGUUCCCUCGAGACGUCAUAAUGGCAAACAAAGGCCAGAACCUGCCGCAGCAAUAACAACAACAGACCGUGUCAGCUGCUGGGCGUCCGCGGCCGCAGCGGCUGCUCCCGCCAGCAGCGUCGGGAGAGAGCAGGCAGCGAGGGCGGGCUGAAACCAGAAGCGCUCCCGCCUAGAAGAAACCAGAGGCAAUGUCGCAGGGCGAGGGCCCCGGCCUACAAGAGGAGAAUUUGCAUGGUUCCUGGGUCGAACUGCACUUCAGCAGCAAUGGCAAUGGUAACCCGGUCCAGCCAACAAGCCAUGAGCAAGUACCAGACUCUAUUUCUAUUUACAAUGGUGACAUGGAGAAAAUACUCCUAGAUGCGCAGCAUGAAUCCGGAAGAAGCAGUUCAAGAGAGAGCUCCCGCUGUGAUAGCCCUCCUCGUUCCCAGACACCUCAGGACACUAACAGAGCUUCUGAAGUGGAGACUCAUAGCAGUGGAGAAAAGAAUAGCUCUCAGUCUGAAGAAGAUUUUCUUGAAAGAAGAAAAGAAAUAGAAAGGCUCUUGCAGAAAAAUUCAGACUGGAUAUGGGAUUGGUCCAGUAGGCCUGAGAACAUCCCACCAAAAGAAUUUCUUUUUAAACACCCUAAGCGUACUGCCUCUCUCAGCAUGAGAAACACAAGCAUGAUGAAGAAAGGGGGCAUAUUCUCAGCAGAAUUUUUAAAGGUUUUCCUUCCAUCUCUGCUUCUCUCUCAUUUGCUUGCCAUAGGGCUAGGGAUUUAUAUUGGAAGACGUCUGACAACCACAACUACAACCAGCACCUUUUAAAGGGAGAAUAAAAUUCGGUCAGGCUCAAAGCAGUGAGAAUAUCCAUCUGGGAACACAAAUGGUGAAUGGCGGGAACUUCUGAGCUUGUGAUAGCUACAGGACCUUGCUGUUUGUUCUGUAAACAUGUUUCUAAUUUAGUAGUAGAUGAGGGACAAGAAAUGCUGAAGCCAAGCUAUCCUGUAUAAUUUUUUAGAUCAAUUUAUAAAGCAUGUUUCAGAUUGAUUAAUAUCUGCUGUAAUGCUUGGUAGUGAAAUAUCAUUGAAAAUUUAAAAAACCCUCAGUGUUAAUAAAUAAAACUCUUAGCUUUCAUGUACUGUUGUGAUACAGCUAGAAAUUCAUCUAAGCCAUUAUUUUUUUAUAUUUCUGAAAAAGUGAAUAUUGUCAUUAUUAAGGUGUGGCCUUAUAUAUGCUAUUAGAGAAUCCUGUGACUUGAUUUGUGGUGACUCAUUUUCUUAAGAUUUUGAUUAGCUAUUCUGCAUAGGGGAGACACGAAAUGUUAAGAUGUCUCUAGAUGCUCAGCUGGUACAUACAGUGUAGCUUCAGUGGAACUAUGCUAACUUACAGCAGCUCAGAAUUUGGUCUACAAGAGCCUCAAUUAAAAUUUGGACCUCCGUGCCGAACAAAUUAUUUCCUUUUGCAGUGCUCUUUAUUGAUUGUCUUUAAAAUUCCUCUUGUUCUAUUCUUGCAAAAUAUGGCUUUAAAACAAAGUGUUUUUUGAUUUGACGACAGAAAAAGUGCAUUUCCAUCCUAAAUUGGCCUACUUAUUUCCCUUAUAAAUGUGAAGGAACAGCAUACUUGCUUAUUUAGGUAUACUAAUGGAACUCAUUUUGAUUCAGGAAUUUAAUCUUACCGUAAUAAGGAAAAAGGAGAUUGAUUUUUUUUUUGUGCCAAAUUCGUAGGAGGUCUUAUGUAUUUUUUAAUAAAAAACUUGUGGAUUCACAGUUGUUUCCCCUUUUAAAAAAAUGUUUAAAACCAAUUUCUGAAAGCUGUUUAAAGGGUACGUGCUCUCUUUUGGACCAUUUCACUGGGUUUUUUUUCCAUGCCUAAUUCAUCUUUGUUAUCACAAAUAGCAAAGAAAGGUUUACUUAAAAUGAUUUAAUGAUUCAUCCUUAGAUAUGAACUACUGAACUACUAACUGAUUAAAAGAAAUUCCCAAGUAGAAAUAAUUGAAAGGCAUGGUCUUUCAUUUAUAUACACACACACACAUACAUAUAUACACACACAUAUAUAUAUACACAUACAUACACACACACACACACAGGAUCUGCACAUACAGAUUUGACUUUGCUUUGUUUGUGAUAACAUCAUUGUUUAAAAAUACAUUUACUUUGAGUAUUGCCAAACGAUGAGAAAAAUCAAACAGACUUUUAUCUUUUGUUCUUGGAAUGGAACUGAGAUUAACAUAGCCGUUUACAACAGCUCCAUGACUGUAUACAAUGGGCACCUAUGCUACCUCACUAUAUUUAUGCCCCAUCACCAAAAAUGUCAUCACAAUUAUAGGGAUAGUUUGCUGCUGCAAAGCCAGGAAGUGGCACUCAUCACCUAAACCCUGAUCUUGCAGACAGUUACACAUGAGUAGUCCUUUGGGGAUCAGUGAGACUCUACAUGUAUAUGAAUUUAAGUACAUCCAGGAUCAAAACCUGUUUUUGUACUGUUUUUGUUUUUUUACAUUUUUUUUUAAUGUUUCAACUGUGCAUUUCUAGGAUUUCUUUAUUUUCUGAAUAAUCUUUCCCAUCAAAUUAGGAAGCAUUUGAAAAUAGAUUCUGUUUGAAGCCUAAAACUCCUUACACAGUUUCACUCAUUAUAGCCUCAUUAUAGAUGAGCUUUGUGUGGGCUGAUGCCUGCACCCAUGCAGAGUUCACUCCAUGAUUAGGAGCCAAAGUCAUGAGGAGUUCUCACUGAUGUUGAAUAAAAACCAUCUUUCCCCCCCAGGGAAAUAUUAUAGACUAUUAUCUAGAUGUUUGAGCGGCUGUCAGAUCAAGUGUACAAGAAAAAUAAAUACAUUUUAGUAUAAAGACUUAACACCAAUUGUUUUUUUGUAAUUUUUAAAAACAGAAGUGAGCACCAAUAGGGUUUGUUUUAAUUAUUAGUAGUAAAUAUAAAAUAAGUUUAUAUUCUUCAAACCUGCAGGGUUGGCUUUUUCCCCCCUAAAAAUCAGUGUAUGUGCACAUGUGUAUCACAUUUUUAUGUAACAAGCAUGUAGAACUGCCCUUUUUCAAUUGUGUUAGAUUGAUAUUUCUUGUUGCAGUGGAAGUUCCUUGUUUUUAAAUAUAUCCUGAUAUAAUUAGCGAUAUUUUAAAGAAGUUUAACAGAAGCUGUGAAAUGCAUUUGAGAGAGACUUCCUGGUACCAUUGAAGUAAUAUUCAGUCAAACAUUACCAUAGUAGAUUGUGACAUGACUUGUAAGAAAAAUACUAACCAUUAAUAAAAGGAAGGAAAUA